CUCACGUCGCGUGUGACAGACCCGACCCGGAGUGUGUUAUUUUUUAUUAUGAAUAAAGCCGGAGAAAUAAGACGUAGUGUUUCAUCAAACAUUUAUCUGCAUGUCACUUAACUAGAACUUUGUUAUCGUUUAAAAAAUUUUGAGAUAAGAUAAUGAGGGAAAGUGAGAACAAGAAAAAAAUAGUCGAGUAAAUACUUUAGGUUAAGUGACAGUGUUCAAAAGUUUUGUGAAGAGUAACAAUAUCAAUUAUUUUACAACUGAGGUAAAAAUUAUUUAUUCAAUGCGAGAUGACUACGAGAAAUGUAGAACAUUUAUGGAAUGUCACAAAUUAUUUGAGAAAGUUAGAAGGAAAGGCAGCAAAUUCAUUCAUGACAUAUUGCAUACAAAAAUGUAGACAAACGUUAGCACCAAUAGAACCGUUACCAAAGUCCCACUUUGGUUCAUCAAUCAUGUGCUCGUAUUGUGGCUCUGUCUGGUCGAAAAAUGAAAAUCACAUAAGAAUAGAUCCAGGCAGAGCUUGUUCCAAAUCAGUCAAACAAAUAAUUAGAGCCACAACGUAUAACUCGGUAUCCAGAUUUCGUGCAACGUUACUGAAAAAGAGCUUGAAAAAUCAAAUGAACAAGGUUGUCAUCAGGUGCUCUGUUUGCUCGAAAAAAACUGUGAUCAAUUGUAAAAAGCCAGAAAGGCCAAAGCCAGACAUCAAAGAAGUUGAUGAGACACUAAUGAGUACACCAGGAAACGUUUCUUCUUCACAAAAGAAAAAAAAGAAGAGGAAAAAGAAAGACAAGACUGCUGGCUUGAAUAUAUCAAACAACCAAUCGACUCGUAUUAGCAAGAAAGGAACAGGAAGUCUUAAUUCUACACCAGUGAUAAGAAUUAAGCAGCAGGAAAGGGAACUGACACCUCUUCAGAGAGUCAGAAAAAUAAAUUUACACAAGCUGAGUAAUCUAUUGAAUGAAAGCAAAGAAAAGUCAAGAAACAGCAUCAGUAGUUUUCUUGAAGAACUUUAUUAACUAAGAAAAGUCAUCGCAUCUUGUGUUCUUAUCUACUAAUUGUUGUGAGGGGAAAUAAAGAAGGGAUCAAGAUAUGUAUGCGCAUUGAGCAAGGUAACGUUCGAGAAGAGAGGUCAGGUCACCUGAAUGCAG